CGCUGUUUUUGGCGGAAAACAGGGGCGAGAUUACUGCCUGCGAGCUCCCCGCAGCCUCGCCCACCGCUUGCUUCUAUGGCGUCUUUCUUCCCCCCUCGCCCUUCGCAUCUAUAUUUCCCCAGCUCCACGGCGUCUCCUGAUCACCAGCACAGUCCGUUUCUGAUCUCUUCUUCUUUAUUACCACCCUUUCCUCUUCUUUCUCUUUCGAUCUUCUUCUUCUUCUUCUCUAAUGAGUCCUCUCCUUCUUGAACAAUCCAUGACGGUCUCCACCCUUUCCGAGUCCGCCAAGCCGUUCGAUCUCGAAAGCGUGAAGUUGGCUCUCUUUGAUUCGUACAUCGACGAAGACGAUGGUGGGCAGACCGCAACCAGCGGUGCCGGGUUCGAUCCCUUUGCCUUGUUUGAUAAGGGGGUAGGCGAUGAUUACGCGAAGAAGUGCGCGUGGCUGCAGAAACAGAUCAUCGGCAACGGCGCCGCGUUCGAGACCCCGUUCGGCCGGCGCCAGAUAACGUACGCUGAUUUCACGGCUUCUGGGAGGUUCCUGCAGUGCGUUGAGGAUUAUAUCAGCAGGGAGGUGCUUCCAUUCUAUGGGAACACGCACACAGUGGACAGUCAUGUAGGGCUGAGGACGACGGCGGCGGUGCACGAGGCGGGCGAGUACGUAAAGCGGUGCCUGGGGGCGACCGACGGCGACGCCUCCCUAAUCUUCUGCGGCACGGGCUCGACGGCAGCCAUCAAGCGGCUGCAGGAGGUGAUGGGGGUGACGGUGCCGUCGGUGGUGCGGAGAUGCGUUCUCAGCUGCCUCCCGGAAUCCGCCAGGUGGGUCGUCUUUACCGGCCCCUACGAGCACCACUCCAACCUCCUUUCCUGGCGCCAGAGCCUCGCCGACGUCGUCGAGAUCGGCCUCGACGACUCCGGCCGCAUCGACGUUCGCGCCUUGGCCUCUGCCCUCGCCUCCCCACAGUACGCCGCGCGCCCCAAGCUCGGCUCCUUCUCCGCCUGCAGCAACGUCACCGGCAUCUGUACUGAUACCAGGGCCAUCGCCCGCGUGCUGCACGAGCACGGUGCCUUUGCCUGCUUCGACUUCGCCUCCAGUGGUCCUUAUGUGGAUAUCGAGAUGAAGACGGGGGAAAUAGACGGGUACGACGCGAUCUUCAUCAGCCCGCACAAGUUCCUCGGCGGCCCCGGCAGCCCUGGCAUUCUGGUCGUCAACAAUGCCCUCUACCGCCUCAAGGGUGCCCCUCCCUCCACCAGCGGCGGAGGCACCGUUCUCUUCGUCAAUGGCUACUGCGAAGAGGACACACUGUACUGCAAGGACGUGGAAGAAAGGGAGGACGCCGGGACGCCGGGAAUCGUGCAGAAGAUACGGGCGGCGCUCGCCUUCGCCGUGAAGGAAUACAUGGGCCACGACCUCAUCUGCUCCCGAGAGCGGGCGUUCCUGGAUGUCGCCAUCUCCCGGCUGGGGAAGAACGGCCGCAUCCGCCUUCUCGGCAACUCCGCCAUCAAGGAGCGCCUGCCCACCAUCUCCUUCCUCAUCUACCCCGCCGGCGCCGCAGCCGGAGGAAAGCACCUCCACUGCCGCUUCGUCACCACGCUCCUCAACGAUCUGUUCGGUAUACAAGCGCGCGGCGGCUGCGCCUGCGCCGGCCCUUACGGCCACGCGCUCCUCGGCAUCGACAGGGCGCGGUCCACGGCCAUCCGGGAGACCAUUGAGAAGGGUUACACCGCGGUGAAGCCCGGGUGGACGAGGGUGAGCUUCUGCUACUACAUGCCCAUGGAGGAGAUUCACUUCGUGAUCGACGCCGUCGAGCUCGUGGCUGCUUAUGGUCACCGCUUCCUCAACCUUUACCGGUUCGACUGGAAGUCCGGCGACUGGAGUUUCAAGAAGAUGGGUGCGGAGUAUACCCAGAUGAUCAAAUUGCUGGGACGGGUUGAGGAAAGGUCGACAAGGUGCGAAGGACCAGGAGCUACGGAUGUUGAGUAUGCGGAAUGCAUGGAAGCAGCGAAGCGGGUAGCCAUGGCGCUUCCAGAUUUUCCGACCAACAGGAAGACACCGGAAGUCAUUGAUCCAGAGCUCGUGGAUUUCAUCGUCUAGUCCACAGUUUAAACAACGGCAGCCAUGUACAUAUAUAAUGGCGGUGAGAUACGAACCACGUGUGAUCGAGAAACACACACUGAAUUUUUCUUUUCUUUGGGUGGAUUCCGU